AUGAAUACUUAUGAGAAGCUCGAGGAAGGAUACUCAACUCAGAGGCCUCCUAUGUUCAAUGGCAAGUUCUAUACCUACUGGAAGAACCACAUGGAGAUCUUUAUCAAGGCAGAGAACUACCAAGUCUGGAGGGUCAUCGAGGUUGGUGAUUUCGAUGUCACCAAAACAAAUGCUCAGAACGAGGGAAUCCCUAAGCCUAUGUCUGAAUAUGAAAAAGAGGACUUUGAUAAAAUGGAAAUAAAUGCUAUGGCUGUGAAUAUGCUCCACUGUGGACUUGGACCUCACGAACACAAUCGUGUUAUGGGGUGCAAGAACGCUAAGGAAAUCUGGGAUUUGCUGCAGAUUACUCACGAAGGAACUAAUGAGGUUAAACGCUCAAAAAUCGAUCUACUUAUGUUUAAGUAUGAAAGAUUUGAAAUGCAGCCUAAGGAAACCAUUCAAGAGAUGCUAACCCGAUUUACUAACAUCAUAAAUGAGUUGGUUUCCCUUGGUAGACAGAUUCCUACAGAUGAUCAGGUUAGGAAGGUUCUUAGAAGUCUUCCACAAGAUGAGAGAUGGAGAGCUAAGGUGACAGCCCUUCAGGAAAUGAAGGACUUUACAAAGUUCAAUAUUGAACAACUAGCAGGUUCUCUCAUGACUCAUGAGCUACACCUUGGAGUCAACAAUGAACCCAUGAGGAACAAGGGAUUGACUCUUAAAGCUGAUGAGGAGGAAGACUCAGAAGUGGACGAUGAUGAGGCUGCCCUAAUUGUGCGAAGAUUCAAAAAGAUGUUCAAGAAAGGUCGAACCUCAAGGAACUUCGGGAAAAAGACCUCAAAUCGAAAGCCUGACUACAACUGCCACAAGUAUGGAUCUCCAUAUCACUUUAUGAGAGACUGUCCCCUUUGGGAAAAUGAUAAAGGGAAAGGAAAGGCUAAGGAACAGGGAAGAGAAAAAUUCAGCAAAGCAAACUAUCAAAAGUCAGACAUGAGGAAGGCCAUGAUAGCAGCCUGGGGAGACUCAGCAAGUGAAGAAGAAGAUGAUGACCAACCAGAAGAGGAGACAACCAAUCUUUGUUUAAUGGCCAAAUCAGAUGAUGAAAAGGCUUACCUUGAGGAACUCCAGAAAGAGGUAUUUCUUGAUCCUAAACAGCUUAAAACUCUCUCUAAAGAUGUCUUGAUAGAUAUAUGUCUAGAAGAAGAAGAAUUCUUUAGAGAUACAUGUGUAAAGUUGAAUAAAUGUGAAAAAGCUCUUAAGUAUAAGCUCAUGAAUUCUGAUAUCAGUUCUAGCAGUUCCUCAAGCGAUCAAUUGCUUAAAUUCAAUGUUGAUUUUGAAAAUUUAAAAAAUGAGCUUUCUACUUUAAAAACCCAAAAGGAUCAACUUGGAUCGGAACUGAAUGCUAGAAAGGAUAGAAGUAUUGAUCCAAAAGUCAUACCUAAGUGGAUAGCUGAUGCUCAAGGAAAAAGAACUGAAGGCCUUGGUUACAUGACCAAGAAAGGUAAGCAAAAGAAAUAUGUUGAGCUUCCUACCAUGAAGUGUAGGAUAAGAGAAGAAGCUGAUAAAAGAAAUGUAAAACAAGUGUGGGUCAAGAAAACUGAUAUUGCAUCCACGUCUAAGGAACCCAAGGAAACCUGGGUUGUUCUAGAAGGAACAAGAAGAGGGAACACUUAUACAGUUGACCUCAACUUAAUCCCAAGGAACAACCUUAAAUGUCUGAGUGUUAUUGAAGAUGAUCCCCUGCUAUGGCAUAAACGUUUUGGACAUGCUAGCUUUUCAUUACUGGACAAGCUGAGGUCAAGGAACUUGGUUGUAGGACUUCCUAUUAUCAAGUUCCUACAGAACAAAGUUUGUGAUGCAUGUGUGAAAGGCAAGCAUGUUUGCUCAUCUUUUAAAUUGAAGAAAAUGGUAAGCACUACAAAGCCUUUGGAAUUAAUCCAUAUGGAUUUGUGUGGUCCCAUGAGAAUUCAAAGCAAGAGUGGUAAGAAAUAUGUUUUGGUUAUUGUUGACGAUUAUUCCAGAUUCACUUGGGUUAUUUUUCUUGCUAAUAAAGAUGAAACUUUUAACGAGGAAAAUGGCAUGAAUCAUAACUUCUCAGCUCCAAGGACUCCCCAACAGAAUGGAGUUGUAGAAAGGAAGAAUCGAACCCUUGAGGAAAUGGCUAGAACGAUGCUGAUUGCAAGUGGAUUGCCAAGGAACUUCUGGGCUGAAGCCGUGAAUACAGCAUGUUACAUCCUUAACAGGGUAACAAUCAGAAGUAUCAUCAACAAGACUCCCUAUGAACUAUUCAGGGGAAGAAAGCCAAACAUAUCUCAUCUUAGAGCCUUUGGUUGUAAGUGCUUUGUACAUAAUAAUGGUAAGAAAAACCUAGGGAAAUUUGAUGAAAGAAGUGAGGAGGCUAUAUUUCUAGGAUAUGCCUCUGAUAACAAAGCUUAUAAAGUCUACAAUAAAAGCUCAAUGUGUGUUGAGGAAAGCAUUCAUAUAAUCUUAAAUGAAGUUAACCAAUUUGUGAGUGUACAGGAACAAGAAGAAGAUAAUGAUUUUGAAAUUGGAUUGAUAAGAGACAGGGAUGAAGAAGAGACUCAGAAUCAAACCAAGGAAAAGCAGCCUACUCUAGAAGAGGAUCAUCAAGAAAAUGGAGAGGUUCCUCAACCCGAUGAACAGGUAAAUGAGGAACAAGCAGAAGAAGCAGAAGGAACAGAACCAGAAGCUCCUCAAAUUGGAGUUCCAGCAAGGGAAUUUCAACCCAGGCCAUUCAAGUAUCAAGGUUUCCAUCCAACUGAUCUCACUAUCAGUGAUAUAGGAAAAGGAACGCAAACAAGAUCACAAAUGAGGAACUACUGUGCAUUUCAUGCUUUUCUGUCCAUCCUAGAGCCAAGAAAUCAUCAAGAAGCCUUGGGAGAUGCUGAUUGGAUAGUGGCCAUGCAAGAGGAACUCAAUGAGUUCAAAAGGAACAAAGUCUGGCACCUUGAGCCAAAGCCUAAGGGAAAGAAAGUUAUUGGGCUCAAAUGGGUGUUCAGGAACAAGCUUGAUGAACAUGGCACCAUUGUAAGGAACAAGGCUAGAUUGGUUGUGAAAGGCUACAACCAACAGGAAGGUAUUGAUUUCGAUGAAACCUUUGCUCCUGUAGCUAGAUUAGAAGCUAUUAGAAUCCUAGUGUUUGUUGAACAACCUCCAGGUUUCGAAAAUCCUAAAUUUCCAAAUCAUGUUUUUAAGCUUGAUAAAGCUCUCUACGGGCUCAAACAAGCUCCAAGAGCCUGGUAUGAAAGGCUUUCAAAGUUCCUACUGAAAAAUGAUUUCAAAAGAGGAAAAGUAGACAAAACUCUUUUUCUUAAAUCUUGA